AGAUCUGGUGGUUCUGCACCAGCUGAGCGAGAUAAAUAACAAUAACAACAACAAGUCACACAGGCUUUGAAGACUCUAAACCUCACCAGGACCUUUCUACACAAAACAAAUCAACUCUACCACAUACAGCCUGAACACCUCACCACCACAUACCGGACCUUUGGGGCACUAGAGGCUGUGACACACAGCCUGCACGGCCCCAAUAAACCCCCAAGAAGACCAAAGUCACAAGGAAAGAGAUUAAGUCGCCGGAGAGAAGCAGUGAAGCCAAGAAUGGUGGUGGUAACUAGUGAGCUGAGCUAAGGAAGAAAUUCUGUGCACCUAAGAGUCAUGAUCAACACCACCUCCCGCAUCUACAGUUACCUAGGCAGGUGGCUUGGGGUGGCUGGCUACAUGAUACAAUAUGGAUGUAUUGCCCACUGUACUCUUGAGUUUGUGGGUGACUUUGUUGUGUGUCGUGGACCCUCUAUGGAGCCAACAAUCUACUCUGAGGAUGUAAUACUGACAGAACACAUUACUCCUCAUUUCAAUGGCAUUAGUCGUGGAGAUGUAAUCAUUGCUCGCUCCCCUACCAAUCCUCAUCACCACAUCUGCAAACGUGUUACUGGUCUGGAAGGGGACAGGGUCAAGGAUGGAUUUAAGACACAUUAUGUUCCCAAAGGUCAUGUCUGGCUCGAGGGAGACAACCAUAGCAACUCAACUGACUCCCGUAACUUUGGCUCAGUACCAGCUGGGUUGAUCCGAGGGCGAGCAGUGUUCCGUAUAUGGCCGCUUUCUGACCUGGGUUCGCUGGACUCUUCAUUCUCUUCAUCUUCAUCAGCCCAGAAGUGGGAGGUGGAUCGAUGAUGAAAUAUUCUAGUAGAAAUUAUUAUUUAUGGUUUCUUUUUCAACCAUGUAGGUCAUCUUAUAAUUCUAGCCCUUGUUGCUUGUCCAAAAUUACAAGCAAUUAAAAACU